AUGGCGGAAGAGACCUUCCCCUUUACCUCCGCCACGCUGCGCUCUCUCCGCCUGCAGCGAGAGUGGCUGGAGUGGGAGGACAGGCGCAGGGCGGCAGCCCAGCUCUGCCGGAGCCAAAGGUGCCCCCCAAGUUCUCUGGCCCGACUGGCUAGGCCUCGCCGCUCCUGCCGAGACCCAGCGGUCCACAACGCCCUGUUCUCCGGCAACCUGCAGCAGGUCCAAGCCCUGUUCCAAGAUGAAGACGCCGCCAACAUGAUUGUGGAGACUGUGAGCAACCAGCUGGCCUGGUCGCCUGAACAGGGGUUCUGGAUACUGACCCCCAAGACCAAGCAGACAGCGCCCCUCACGAUUGCUGCGGCCCGAGGCUAUACCGACUGUGCCCGCCACCUCAUCCGUCAGGGAGCUGAGCUGGAUGCCCGGGUUGGGGGCCGGGCUGCCUUGCAUGAGGCAUGUGCCCAAGCCCACUCCGACUGUGUGCGGCUGCUGCUGGCCUUCGGUGCCAAAGCCAAUGUGUUGUCUGCGGAAGGCACAACCCCCUUGCACCUCUGUACGGCACCCGAGUCCUUACAGUGCGCCAAGCUGCUGCUGGAGGCCGGAGCUACCGUCAACGUGGCUGCGAGGGACAGCGAGAUGACACCCCUGCACGUGGCGGCGGCCCGCGGCCUGGAGGGGCACGUGGCUCUGUACUUGGCGCACGGAGCCGACGUGGGCCUGCGCACCAGCCAGGGCGAGACCGCGCUGAACGCCGCUUGCGCCGGGGCCGAGGGCCCCAGCGAUGGCCGGAAGCACCAGGCUGUGGCGCGCCAGCUCCUGGAAGCCGGGGCUGAUGCCCGGGCGGCCGGCCGCAAGCGCCACACGCCCCUGCACAACGCCUGUGCCAACGGCUGCGCGGCCCUGGCCGAGCUGCUGCUGCGCCACGGCGCCUGCGCUGGAGUCUCCAACGCAGCGGGCCACACACCCAUGGACUGCGUGCUGCAGGCUGUCCAGGACACCCCCGACUGGGAGCCCGAGGGCCUCUUCGGGGCACUGCUGGACUACGGGGCCCAGCCAGUGCACCCUGAGAUGCUGAAACUCUGUGCCAACCUCCCUCGGGCACUAGAAGUCCUACUUAACGCCUACCCUUGUGUUCCAUCCUGUGACACCUGGGUGGAGGCAGUACUCCCGGAGCUGUGGCAGGAGCAUGAAGCCUUCUACGGCUCGGCCCUGGCGAUGGUGAACCAGCCCAGGCGGCUGCAGCACCUGGCCCGGCUGGCUGUGCGUGCUCAGCUGGGUAACCGCUGCCGCCAGGCUGCCGACCGCCUCCCGCUGCCCCAGCUCCUCAGGGACUACCUGCUGCUGCGUGUGGAGGGGCGCAUCCAGUGA